AUGAAUAGGCAUUUUUUCUUCACAUCUGUAAUCAUCCUCACGAUUCUAACCAUUGUUAGUGGUUAUUUCUUUAAUAAUAUAUCAGAUGAAGUUCUUUUCGAAUUCUUUGAUGAUUUCCACGAAAUUUCAGAAGAAAAAUUCGAUCAAGAAUUACGUUUUUGUGUUAACAAAUCGCCUUACAACAGUGCAACUGGCAGACAUCAACUAAUGCUUCUAGUAACGAACCAAGGUUUAUUGAAUUUUGCAAAAAAUUGUUUAUGUUCAUUAUGGAACGUUCAAGGAAAUGAUGAUUCGUAUGUAAUUGUAGCUCUCGAUGCAGUAUCAUACGUUUCUCUUAAAGCAUUAGGCGCUAAUGUACUAUACUUUUCAUCGAAAUUAACUGCUGAUGCAGUAAACUAUCGCAAAAAACGAGAAUUUUACGAUAUUGUCAAAGUCAGACCGUACAUAGCCAAGAAAAUACUUAAUUUAGGUGCAGAAGUCAUAAUUUGCGAUAUUGAUAUCGUUUUUAUACAGAAUACAACGAAUUUAUUCAAAAACGGAGCCGAUUUAGAAGUACAAAGUGAUUCGAAAGUAUUUACAGAAAUUCCAUUUAAUAAAAACCUUCCUUACUGGGGAGUAAAUCUUGGAUUCUACAAAGCAAUCCCUUCACCAGCAGUUUUAGCUCUUUGGCCUGUCUGGCAGAUGCAAAUGCAUAAAAUGCCCGAAAGUCACGAUCAAAUGACUUUAUAUAUGAUAUUACGUCAAAAAUUAAAACAACUGGACAAUCAUCCGGUUUUACUUGCUGACAUAAGGAAAUUCUUAGGAUAUAAGUCGUUCUAUCCAAUAGUUAUCUCUUAUUUGGAUCCGAUGCUCGCUGUUAAUGCAGGCGGAGUGUUUCUCGCAGGAAAAGAAAGAUGGAAAUAUGUUGCAAAAGUUAAGAAUAUAUCGAAACCUGUUUUUGUUCAUUUCUUCCAUUUAUCUGAAAAUGAAGAUAAACUUAAGUUGAUGAAAUCGAAGAAAUUAUGGUUUUUGAACUCAGAUGGAAAAUGUAGUUCUGUACCUCCAGCUGGCGCCAAAUGGCCUUAUUGGAAUUAG